AUGUACAACAAGUGUUUCAAGUGCGUGCUGCUAGCUGGUUAUAGCAUAGGCAGUGGCUUGCGCUCCAUAGCUCAGGGAUCGGCAGAUCAGGCUUACACCGCGGUCUCCAAUCAACAUGCGGCCGCCAAGCAGGCGGCUUUCAUAGCCAAAAAUACCUUGGCACAAGCUGCUUCCCAGGCGGCUGCCACAGCGCAAGCAGCACUCGCUGGUAAACAGGUGAUACUCGAAGAGCUGGAGCAGCAGGCAGCCGAGGCACAGCGUGCGCUCUCGCGCGAACUGGAACAGUUGAAGGCGGCCAAGAUGUCCGCGAAGCUGGCACAGCAAACGGCGCAGGCCGCUCACAAUCACAUCUCGGUGCUGACGGCAGCCAUCAACAAUGCUAAAUCGGUGGCCGAGCAGGCGGAGCAAACAGCCAGCGAGGUGUCCAAUCAACUAGCCUCUCAGGCCACCAUGGUGGGUCAGGCUAAGAAUCGGCUGGAGCAGGUGGAGGAGCAGCUGCAGCAGGCGCGCGUGGACUUUGCUGCCACCAAGGAGUCAGCUCUGAAGGCAGCUUCCUCUGCAGCGGCUGCGCAGGUAAAUGCGUCUAAAGCAGGGGCUCAUGCUACGAUUGGACUCCAUGAGAGCGUCAAUCAGCAGGAGCAGCACCAUGACGAGGAGGUGGAGUCGUAUGACGAGCACCUGGACACCAGCGGAGUGGGUCACACAGCUAGCGACGCGGGUGAUGACCAUGCACGCUCCGGCUAGUCCACAUAUAAACAGAGUAUUACAAUUCUAGUUAAUAUUUAUAUUUAUGCAAUUUAUAAGCGUAUCAAACCAAAAAGCAAGUCA